UUCGUGCUGUUAUCGAGCAGCGGAGAGUCUCGACUCUCGCAUCUAAAUUGACGAGUAAAAUCGAGCGCUUAGUGCGUGCCAUUAUCAGACAAGGAGCGAGAAAUCGCCCGCGUAUUAUUGCGUACGCACUCAAAAGUGUGUAGUUGUGGUGUAUACAUUCGACUUGAUGACGACGACGUUUUGCCUCAGUGGGUGUGACAAAGAGACCAGUGCUGUAGUUUAGUAGAAAGGAGCAGUUGCAAAAGCGUUAUCGUGCUAGCGCGUUACGAGCUGCCGUUUUCGAGUACCGUGUACUCCCCGAUCUCGCGCACAGAUCGCGACGCUUUUGCUGCACUGGCACCUACAUAUAAUAUAGGGUCUGCUGCACUGCUGCUGCUGCUACUACUACUGCUGCUGCUGCUGCUGGAGGAGUAAAAAAAGAAGAAGAAAACUCGACGAGCAAAAGAGAUAUCGCCUCAAGAUUCGGCUGCUAGGCUGCUUGCCAGUUCUCGAAAGCUGCUCCGCUGGCCUGCUGUGCAGGCAAACAUGCGAGGAGCCACUGCUGCAGUGUUUAUCGGACGAUACGGUAACGUCAGAAUAAGGACUCGUCGAGUUGUUGCUGUUGCUGCCACAACUGUCGCAUCGUGUAUGCAUGCGCACUUCCGUGUACGAAUUUGUUGAACUAAACGAUCGAGACUGAUUGUCUUGACGGCGGGGGAGGCCGUCAUUGUUUGUUGCUCUUCUGCUGUCUGGUAAUAAUAGUGCGCGAAUAGCAAGUCUGACACAGCUGCUUCGAAAAACUGCUGUCUUGCGUCUACGCCUCCACUUGUGAUUAUGUACGCGCAAUGUUUACGAAGAAGAUGAAGCAGGACUAUAGGAGAAGUCAGUGCUCGUCCUAGAUGCAUCAGCCUUUUUUUAAUCAUAUAUGCGGAAUCCUGGCUGCGACGAACGAGGAAGGGCGACUUGGUUGCUCGACGACAACUGACUAAACUCAAAAAAGAAUAACACAAAAUGGCAGAAAUCAAGAUGGGUCAGGAAACAGUAUAUGGGACACAUGAAGACAGUCAUGUUGUCAUGUCUGAAAAAGUUCAAACACUGGCUGGAGGGAUUUAUCAAGAAUUCGAAAGAAUGAUAGCUCGGUAUGAUGAGGAUGUAGUUAAAGAAUUAAUGCCUCUACUAGUCAAUGUAUUAGAAUGUUUAGACAUGGCUUAUACUGAAAAUCAAGAGCAUGAGGUGGAAUUGGAGUUACUGAGAGAAGAUAACGAACAACUUGUCACUCAGUAUGAAAGGGAGAAACAACUUCGAAAAACAUCUGAUCAGAAAUUACUGGAAUUAGAAGAUGCUGCUGAAGAUGAAAGAAAAGAACAAAAUUCAAAAAUUGAGACCCUGGAAUCCUUAUUGAGAAUGAUGGAACUCAAAGUCAAAAACUCACAUGACCAUGUGGUGAGGCUCGAGGAGAAAGAAUCGGAAUUAAAAAGAGAGUAUUCAAGAUUACACGAUCGGUACACCGAAUUAUUCAAGACUCACGUAGACUACAUGGAAAGGACGAAAAUGCUCGUUGGUAGUACGGAGAGAUUAGAAAAUCCAACGGUUGCGAGUCGAGUCUCUAAUCGAUUACCAUCUCUUGGAAUGUCUCACAUGUCACGUAGUUCUGGUCCUUUAAGCUAUGGAUUUCAGAGUCUUGAGGCGAGUAUGAACGAAGAUAUUCCUGAAGAAAGUCCACCAAGUGCAGAUAGCUUACAGAAUGAAAUGUUGGACAGCAGUUGCGAUGCUCUGCCAGAAAUACCCGAAAAAAGUCCAGUAACUGAACAGCCACCAACAGAAAAUAAAACAGAAAUCAUCAGGCAUAUCAGUCCAGAGACGGAACAAGCACCCGUAGUUACUACACCAACAUCUCCUCAGAAGCAAGCCACAACACCCGGUGGUAGAAGUAGAACAGAAAGAGAAGAAAGAAGAAGUGCUAAUACUCUUUAUCAAGAAAUUAGUUUUCAAGAUGCAGAUGCUUUGGGAGAAAUGGAUGAAGGAGCUGAUAUAACAGGCAGUUGGGUUCAUCCAGGAGAAUAUGCUUCAUCAGUUAACGACAACUUUUAUGGCAUGGGCAAAGAAGUUGAAAAUUUAAUCCUAGAAAAUAACGAACUCUUGGCUACUAAAAAUGCCCUAAACAUCGUUAAAGAUGAUUUAAUUGUCAAAGUUGACGAAUUAACUGGAGAACAAGAAGUACUGAGGGAAGAAGUUCGAAACUUAACGCUUGUUAAGGAAAGACUUCGCCAACGAGUGGUAGUAUUGGAAGAAGAGUUAAAGAAAGUUAAAGAAGAAGCUGAAACAGCUGCAAAGGUCACCAAGAGCGAUGACGAAGAGGAGGUGCCUCUAGCUCAAAGGAAGAGGUUUACUAGAGCAGAAAUGGCAAGGGUAUUAAUGGAGAGAAAUCAGUAUAAAGAAAGAUUCAUGGAGUUGCAAGAGGCUGUUAGAUGGACUGAAAUGAUUAGGGCUAGUAAAACUGACCCAGCGAGCAUAUCUGGAGGAAAACAAACAUUUUGGAAAUUUUUUAGUAAUCUUUUUACUGGCCCGGCCGACCGAGGGGCCCUCGUACGCGGUGGUCAUGUUCGUUAUAGUGCACCAUCGAAUCAAGUUGUACCGGCAAUGCACAUGGACAUAAUGCGACGACGACAAAUGAAAAAUCGACACGAUUUUCUCGAUCAAGGAGAUACUAUGGCGUCCGAGAAACAAAUGGCUCGCAGAGCGAACGAGCGAAGAGAGCAGUACCGGCAAGUGCGCGCCCACGUGCGAAAAGAAGACGGCCGGCUGCAAGCCUACGGCUGGAGUCUGCCGGGCAAGCCGUCUGCGCCGACGCGCCAGCCCGUGCCCGUGCCCGUGUACUGCAGGCCCCUGCAAGAGACCGAGCCGGGAAUGAAGGCGAGUAGACAAGCCGAUCAGACCCAAUGGGACGACCUGGCGAGCCUAACGAAAGCUAACAAAUCGCAGAUCUGGUGCGGUGCCGGGGUAAACCUGAGCGGCGGCCGGACCCGCGACGGCGGCUCCAUGGUCGGGGGCAGUGUCUUCUACGCAGCCGAGGCUCAGGAGACCCCGGCCGGAGAGCUGAGCAAGCUACAACCGGCCGCCGGCGAACCCGAGGACGCCGUAGAGCAUCUGGACAAGGAGCUGCAAGAGAGCGAGCAGCGCCGACUCGAGGCCGAGUGCCUCGAGCAGCAACUCAGCUCGCUCGUCUGGAUCUGCACGUCAACUCAGAAAAUGUCCAAAGUCACGGUGAUCGAUGCUAAUAAUCCGGCGGAUAUUCUGGAGGUCUUCAACGUGUGCCCGAGUCACCUGCUGUGUAUCGCAAGCGUGCCCGGAGCCAAGGAGAGCGAUUACGUGGGAGAAGUCGAUGUCCAGGCCGAAUUGGCUCUUGCCGACAAAGAUGAUUCGACCAAAGAGGAUGACAAGCCUGAGUCCGAGGAACAGCCAAGUAGUACUUCCGAUACGCCGGUAGAGGUAGACGCGGAAACGGCGAAUCUCGGUGCGGUUCGUUUUAUAAAGUGCGAGGCCAUCCCAGACUCACCCGAGGCCGAUACCACCAAUAAAGAAAGCGAAAAGAUCGGCGAAGACGAGCACGACGUCGUGGUCGACGACGACGAAACCGAGGAUGACGAGGAGGAGGAAGUCGUCGCGACUCCGAUCGAGAGAAUGUCCUCUGUUCAGCCCACCAUGUGGUUGGGAGCUCAAGACGGAACUGUAUUUGUACACUCGGCUGUGGCCAAGUGGUCCGUGUGCCUGCACAGUGUUAAACUGCCCGAUGCUGCCCUUGCCAUUGUACACAUUCAGGGACGAGUUUUGGUAGCUCUGGCGGACGGCACGGUGGCGAUUUUCAGAAGGGGCGUCGAUGGUCAAUGGGAUUUGUCGCAGUACCACAUCAUCACUCUGGGCAGUCCUCAGCACUCGAUAAGGUGUAUGACCGUAGUACUCGGCAAAACCGUCUGGUGUGGAUACCGCAACAAGAUUCACGUCAUCGAUCCAAUCAAAAUGAAACUCGAGUGCACCGUUGACGCUCAUCCACGCCGCGAGUCGCAAGUUCGACAGUUGGCGUGGCUCGGCGAGGGCGUCUGGGUCAGUAUCCGACUGGAUUCGACCUUGAGGCUGUAUCACGCCCACACUUAUCAGCAUCUUCAGGACGUCGACAUCGAGCCCUACGUGAGCAAAAUGCUCGGCACCGGCAAGCUCGGUUUCUCCUUCGUUCGCAUAACGGCGCUGCUGAUAUCGUCGAACCGAUUAUGGAUCGGCACGGGCAACGGCGUAAUAAUAUCGGUGCCUUUGUCAGAGAGUGCAGGUGGUUCAAUGGCCGUGACCCGCGUUCAGCCUGGCACUACGGGCAGUAAAAACGACGCGCCUGGGGUCGGUGUACGAGUUUUCGCCUCCGAUCAUAGUGUCAGUCCAGGCAGUUUUGUUCCCUACUGCAGCAUGGCUCACGCUCAACUCAGUUUUCACGGUCACAGGGAUGCUGUGAAAAUGUUCGUCGCUGUGCCAGGGCAUGGUGGUCAGAGCGCCGCCUCAGACAAUUCCCAACCAGCUAUGCUCGUUUUAUCAGGUGGAGAGGGUUACAUCGAUUUUCGAGUCGGUGACGGUGAAGAGGUGGACGUCGGCAUAGAUAGAAAUUCAGGCGCCGCAGCUGCUGGCACCGAUGAACAAAGUGAGCAAAGUCACUUGAUUGUGUGGCAAGUGCAAUGUCCAAUGCCAGUGACAAAUGCCUAGUCUUGUUUGAUGAUUCAAGGAGUUCCUUCUUAAGGUGCCUGGCCUAGCUUUGUCUUUUUUUAUCAAUGAAUCGCUCGCGAAGUAUUCAAAGUUCUUAUUCAUUGAUUCAACCAAAUUGCCAAAUUACAAAAGGCUUAGUGCACUGCGAAGGAUUUUUAAUACUACUAGUAUAAAGAGGUGGCACAUUAUUUUGCCUACCAAUUUGAUAAAUAAAUUAUUCUAGAAAAUGUAAUGACAUGAUGCAAUUGAUUCAUAAUUGCGAUCGUGAUUAAUGCCGUUUUGUACCGUCUUCUUUAAAAUAUGCCCAUUUAUAUCAAAUGAUCAAUCGUGUUUAAAAAAAAUAGAAGUUUUGAAUAGUACUGAAGUUUUUUAAAUGGUACUAGUAAUAGAACUUAAUUUUUCGGACCGCUUUAUUUUACACUAACAUGACUACUAUUGUAAAUUAAUGCAUUGUUCAUUGUUGACUAGACUCGAGCAAUUGCUAAAAUAUUUUCUGUAAUUCGUUAAUUUACAACUAAGAAAAUGUGUGUAUGUGUAAGUCCUAUUAAAGAACAUUCAAUAUGCACAUUAAGUCAACUGAUUGUUUUAGAAUUAUUUAUAUAAGAUUAGAUAAGAUUAAUUUGGAAAUGUCUUACUCCUUUUUAAUUAUUGUUUUUAUUACUUAAUCUUUGUUUGAACAUUAAUUAUCAAUCAAUGAGCUUUCAUAAGAGUAUGAAAUUUUUUCAAAACUAAUGCUUUGGUUUUUGUAAAUAAAAAGUGUUGAUACUCGUCAAAUUCAAUUGUUGUUUUAUAAGCUGUUUUCAUAUAAAGAAAGAAAGCAAGCGAUAGCUUAAGCCUUUCUUGCUUUGUAUUCUAAAAUUGGGACUGUAUGAUGGAUGAAUCUUACCAAAGAUACCAGUUGCAGAAAAGAAAAAUUAUUUGUAAUAUAGAAAUCUAAUUAACGAAACAAACAUAAAUACAGUUAUUA